AAAAAAAAAAAAAAAAUCCUGGAUUUUGACCACUUUCCCUAGGAAGUCUCCUUCUUCUACUCUUUCUUCUUCAAAAUUCUGUUAACAUCUUUUUGAUUUCUUUUUUUUUUCUUUUCUUUUUGAAUUUUUAUUUUAAAAUGAAACCAUUUGCUUAAGUAAUCUUAAUCGUCAGAAAAACACCCCCGUCUUUAGUUUAUUAGUAAUUCCUUUUGUUUUUUUUUUUUAAUUUUUUUAAUGCUUUUAUGAGUCUUGAAAUUAGUUGCAUUAGGUGGGGUGAUGAUAAUAAUUGGCGGUAAUCUCAUUUUAAAUUCCUUGCUGGUCUUGAAUGGCAACUGGCUACAAAAUUUAGGGUGAAUCUGAUAAUGGGUAGCCUUUUGGAGAAUAAAUUUGCAGAAUUAUGCAAAUUCAAGGAGGAAUGGAUUCUACAGAUGCUUUGAUAUUGGGAAAGUAAUCAAUCAAGUAAAACACGAAAUUAGGGGAAGCUCAAAAUGCCAGCUGAGGAGGAAGCUCAAGCUAUUGAGAGAAGGAAUGUGUUAGUUGGGAUAAGAAUUGAUAACCAUAGCAGAGAACUGCUGAACUGGGCUCUUGUGAAAGUUGCUGAACCUGGAGACUGUGUUAUUGCAAUUCAUGUUUGUCGAAGUUCCAGAGGUGCUUUGAAAGACAAGCCCUUGUUGGAUAGUUAUUUAGAAGUGUAUGAUGGCUUAUGUUCUCUAAAGAAGGUGGAUCUUAUCGGUCAGGUAUGCACAGGAAUUUCAGUUCAAAGGACUCUGGUAAGAGAGGCAAAGAUCCAUGAUGCUGUGGCUGUAGUUGUGGGGAUCAGCAAACAAAGUGCUCUAGGGGGUUGGACUUCCACUGCUGGAUAUUGUGCUAAGCGACUGCCUCCAACCACUGAUGUUUUGGCUAUCCACAAUGGAAAAAUCUUGUUUGGAAGGUGCAACCACAAUCAACUAACAGGCCUCAGCGGAGAUCCAAGACCAAGUCUAAAUCUACUCGAAAGUCCCUUGCCAGAUGAAGUCCGGUCAGAGUUUGGAGAUUCUGAGGUAGAUACUGUAACAUCUAGCAUUGAAGUUCUAACAAGAUGUGGGAGCGAAGACUCAAAGGAUGAAGUUCCAAGCCUUCCACAUGAACUCAAGAAGAGACCAACUGCUCAUUAUACAGGAGAUAUUUUGGAUCAGAGGCCUGGUUGGCCACUGCUUCGGAGAGCAAGUUCAGCUAGUCCGGAGACCCUGCAGGCAAGGGAAUUGUCUGUAGUGCAAUGGGCAAUGAGCUUACCAAUUCGUUGGCCACAUAAAAAUCCUCUAGGUUCAAGAAUAGAUAGAUCACCAGAAGGGCAGACAAGUGACUUCUUGGAAGAGAGCAAUAGGAUUUGUUCUUAUGGAUCAGGGGAAGUGCAUUAUAGCUUGGAGAUUCUGCUGAAAACAAAUUUUUCUGGUUGCAAGUGGUUCAAUCAUGAGGUUCUGAAAACUGCUACUUCAAAUUUUUACUCAGGAAACUUAAUUGGGAAAGGAGAAUGUAACCGCGUGUACAAAGGAAUUCUUCCAGAUGGCAAGCGAGUGGCAGUAAAGAUUCGUAGGUCGUCCCCAGAAGCAAGGAAAGAUUUUGCUCAAGAAGUUGAAAUAAUCUCCUCAUUAAACCACAAUAACAUUAUAAGUCUCUUGGGGGUUUGCAUCAGAGACACUGAUAUCAUUUCUGUUUAUGAUUUGUUCUCUAAGGGAAGCUUAGAGGAAAAUCUACAAGGUAAUAACAAAGACAAAUCUGCAUUAACAUGGGAAAUGAAGUCUAAAAUUGCUAUCAAAAUUGCUGAAGCCUUAACUUACAUACACAGCGAAUGUUUACCGCCUGUUAUUCAUAGAGAUAUCAAAUCUUCGAACAUUCUUCUUUCAGAUGAGUUUGAACCGCAGUUAUCUGAUUUUGGGCUUGCAAUAUGGGGGCCAACAACUUCAUCUUUUAUUACGCAAUGCGAUGUAGUUGGAACAUUUGGAUAUCUUGCUCCUGAAUAUUUCAUGUAUGGGAAAGUCAGUGACAAGAUUGAUGUGUAUGCUUUUGGUGUCAUUCUACUAGAGUUGUUAUCAGGACGAAGACCAAUUGGUUAUGAGACUUCUAAGGACCAGGAGAGCUUGGUGAUGUGGGCAAAACCAAUAAUAGAUUGUGGAAAUGCAAGAGACAUAAUAGAUCCAAAUUUAGAUGAAUACUUUGAUGAGCCUGAGAUGCAAAGAAUGGUUCUUGCAGCCAAACUCUGCAUCACAAGAUCAGCUAGGCUACGUCCUAAAAUGAUUAAUGUUUUGAAGCUGCUAAGAGGGGAUAAAGAUGCAGUGAAGUGGGCGAACAUUCAAAAUGAGUAUCUAAAGGAUAUUGAAAACCAAGAGGAAAAUGAUGAUGAAGUUUAUCCAAAUUCUAGUGCAGAGUUACAUUUGAAUCUUGCAUUGCUUGAUUUGGACGAUGAUUCUAUAUCAUCUAGUAGUUUCGAACAAGGGAAUAAUAAUCUUUCUAUGGAGGAAUACUUGAAAGAAAGGUGGAGCCGAUCGUCAAGAUUCAACUAGUUUUGUUUUAAUACUCUCUUUUACUGCUUGUUUCACAGCCAAAUUUUCCACAAGCUUGCGGAACAUGUAGCUUGUGACUGUACAGUAGAGGGAAAAACAAUGCAUGUACCCCAUGGUGAGGUUUUUUUUUGUAGAUGUAGAAUUGUUGCUAGCAUGUUCAAUGUGAUGAUGAAUAAAUCAAGAUCCAAGCCAAUUAGGAAAUCUUUUCUGUAACACAUCCUACUGUGGAAAUAAAUCAGAAAGGAAAGAACAGUACGAGACUCUGUAACAACACAGACAUUUCCUUAAUAAGAACGUUCCGAUGAGGCUGCAGCAGUAUCACCCUGCAGCAAUCUUUCAAAUA